AUGCAGGUUGGUGACGAGAACCCGCCCAGCUACUUCGCGUCCGUCCUUGCCAAACCGCCCCCACUCAAUGCGUUCGAUGCGUUCAAGAAGACAAACCCUACGUACCGCGAGAAGACGACGCGCGGGGGCAUCUUCACGGUCCUCGUCGGCCUCGUCGUUGCGGUCCUCGUCUGGCACGAGACGCGCGAGUACCUGUGGGGCGAGGCGGAGUACAAGUUCAGUGUGGACCGGGGGAUUGCUCACGAGCUUCAGCUCAACUUUGACGCGACGGUCGCGACACCUUGUCACUACCUGACCGUCGACGUACGAGACGCCGUCGGAGACAGGCUGCAUAUCAGCGACGAGUUCAGGAAGGAUGGCACCACCUUCGAUAUCGGACAAGCUCAGCAUCUUGAGAGCCAGCGUGCGGCGAAGGAGGCGAGUGCAUCGAAGAUGGUCAGGGAUGCGCGAGGAAGGCGGAUUUUCGCCCGGACGCGGAAUUUGGUCGAGAAUGGGCCGGCGUGCAGGAUCUACGGCUCAAUGGAGGUCAAGAAGGUGACAGGCAACCUGCACAUCACUACACUCGGUCACGGCUAUCUCAGCUGGGAGCACACCGACCAUGCUCUCAUGAAUCUCAGCCAUGUCAUCCACGAGUUCUCGUUCGGCCCCUACUUCCCUCGUAUCGUUCAGCCGCUCGACAACUCGGUCGAGAUCACCUCUGUUCCUUUCCACAUCUUUCAAUACUUCCUGAGCGUCGUCUCGACCACCUACAUCGAUGCCAGCCGAAGACGCCUGCACACUCACCAGUACUCGGUCACGGAGAUGGGCCGCGAGACACAGCAUGGGCGCGGCGUUCCCGGCAUCUUCUUCAAAUACGACAUCGAGCCCAUGUCGCUCACGGUUCGCGAGCGCACGACGACGUUUCUCCAGUUUCUUAUCCGCCUGGCAGGCAUCGUCGGCGGCAUUCUCGUCUGCUCCGACUUUGGCUUCCGUACGGCCGACCACCUCGUCAGCCACUUCCUCGCAGGACCGCCCAAGACUCCUUUGCCCGGCUUCGUUCCGUCUCCCGCACCCAAGACUCCGACGCAGUCUUUCGCCAGCGGGUUCGGCAGGGAUUAG